GGACGAAUGAACGCGCGCAUCCGUCUGCAGCUCCUGCUGCAGCUGCAGGACAGCAGAUGGCACCGCUGCGCCGUGCUGUGGAUGGCGCUUGGCACGGACACGCGUCCACGUUGUCCACACUCCUUCCCCCUCUCUAUCACUCUCUCUCCUUCACCACACACCUCUCUAUCUCCCACAGCAUCAGCAGCAUCUCCAUCAGUCUCCGCGCUACUACGGAGUACAGCAUGGCACCUCUGCGCGCUGGCAAGCCGUCCGCCGCCGCGGCCGCCGCCGCGCGGCUCCUCUUCUUCUUCACGCUGGCCGCCUCGGCCUGGAUGUCACCCGCGCGCUCCCACGGCGUGGCUUUAAACCGGCAGGAUUUGGGAGGUGGAGGAGGAGGCUCCCCGCUGGGCUCGGACGCGCGCGGGACCUCAGCCCGCCUCCGGAGAGCGCUGUCCCGGGAUAAACAGCUCUCCCUGCUGAGCAGCUCGUUCGUGCUCAAGGGGGACGCGACCCACAACCAGGCGAUGGUCCACUGGACAGGAGAGAACAGCAGCGUCAUCCUGAUCCUGACUAAAUACUACCACGCUGAUUCCACAAAGGUGCUGGAGAGCUCGCUGUGGAGGUCAUCAGACUACGGCACAACCUACACCAAACUAAACCUGAUGCCAGGGACAACCAUCGUGGUGACGAGUUUCUACAUCUGUCCCAGUAACAAGAAAAAGGUGAUUCUGGUGGGCUCGUCCAUAAAUGAGCGUGAUCAGAUGCUCUUCAUCAGCACAGACGAGGGCUCCUCCUUCCAGCGGCAAAUGAUCGACUUCACGCCGGAGACGCUCCUGUUCCAUCCCAAAGAGGAGGACAAGGUGCUGGCCUACUGCAAAGAGGGCAGGCUCUUUGCGUCCUCAGAUCUGGGCCGUAAAUGGACUUUACUGCAGGAGAGGGUGACCAAGGACAGAGUCUUCUGGUCUGUUUCCGGUGUGGAUGUGGAUCCCGAUCUGGUCCACAUGGAGAUUCAGGAUGCCAGUGGAGGUAACCUGUACGUCACCUGUCACAUCCAGAACUGCUCAGAGAAGAUGGUGACAGCUCAGUUCCUCGGGAAAAUUGAUCGUAACUCUCUGCUGGUGCAGGAUGACUACAUAUUUGUGAAGGUCACCACAGGAAAUCGGACUAAACACUACGUCUCCUAUCGGCGCAACGAGUUUGUCCAGAUGAGGUUCCCCAAGUACGCAUUACCAAAGGACGUGCAGAUAGUGAGUACGGAUGAGAACCAGGUCUUCCUGGCCCUGCAGGAGUGGUACCAGUCCGACACCUAUAACCUGUACCAGUCCGACCCCCAAGGCGUGUACUACUCCCUGGUCCUGGAGAACGUGCGCAGUGCCAAGCAGCCAGAGGAGAACGUGCUCAUCGACGUCCUGGAGGUACGUGGAGUUAAAGGAGUCUUCUUGGCCAACCAGAAGGUCGACGGUAAAGUGAGGACGCUCAUCACCUACAGCAAAGGACGCAACUGGGAGCCACUGGCGCCCCCCACCACCGACAUGAACAACAAACCCGUCAGCUGUAAAGCGCCGGAUUGUCAGCUCCACCUCCACCUGCGCUGGGCCGACAAUCCUUACGUGUCUGGAACGGUUCACACCAAAGACUCGGCGCCCGGCCUCAUCAUGGGAGCUGGAAACAUCGGCUCCAAACUCAUCGAGUAUAAGGAGGAGAUGUACGUCACUUCAGACUGUGGGAAGACGUGGAGACAGGUCUUCGAGGAGGAACAUCACAUCCUUUACCUGGACCACGGUGGAGUCAUCGUUGCCAUCAAGGACACGUCUAUUCCUCUGAAGAUACUCAAGUUCAGCAUCGACGAAGGUCGGACGUGGAGCAUUCAUAACUUCACCACCACCUCCGUGUUUGUCGACGGACUCCUGAGCGAACCGGGAGACGAGACUCUGGUCAUGACCGUGUUCGGACACAUCAGCUACAGGUCCGACUGGGAGCUGGUCAAAGUGGACUUCAGGCAGUCGUUUUCUCGCCAGUGCGCUGACUCGGAUUACGAGUCCUGGGGACUCACAGACCUGCAGGGAGAGAGGUGCAUUAUGGGUCGGGAGCAGACGUUCAGGAAGAGGAAGGACACGUCUUUCUGCAUUAAAGGAAAAAGCUUCACGUCAGUCCUCAGCAGCAAACCCUGCAGCUGCACAGAGAAGGACUUCAGCUGUGACUUUGGUUUCGAGCGCUCCCACACGGAGGCGGAUCGCUGCUUUGCUGACUUCUGGUUCGACCCCGACUCCCCUCCUGAGGACUGCCAUCUGGGACAGAACUACGAGUCCAGCACCGGCUACAGGAAGGUCAUCUCCAACACAUGUGAAGGAGGACUAAACCAGCAGCAGAGCUCCAAGAAGCACAGCUGCCCCCUGCUGGCCCCCAGGCGGCUGCAGGUGGGGAUCAAAGGUCAGAUGCUGGCGGUCGCUCCAGGUGACGACAUCACCUUCAUCAUCCAUCAGGAGCAGGGCGACACCAGCAGCACCAAGUACCAGGUGGAUCUGGGCGACGGCGUCCGGGCCAUCUACCAGAACCUGACGGUGACGGACGAGCCCAUCCAGCACCGCUACGAAACCCCGGGCGUGUACAAAGUCACCGUGAAGGCGGAGAACGGCGCCGGCCAUGACGAGGCCACCAUGUACAUCCAGGUCACAGCUCCUCUGCAUGAAGUGCACCUGGAAGUGGUUCCCAUCGCGAGAAGGAACCAGGAAGUCAACCUGACAGCUGUGGUUCUGCCGGCUGAGGCCAAUCUGACCGUCUUUUACUGGUGGAUCGGAGACAACCUACAGCCGGUUCUGACUCUGCAGAACAGCCUUCUGACUCGCUUCCCAAACACCGGAGAAGUGUCUGUGACGGUCCAGGCUUCCAACGGCAGAUCCAUGGUCAAGGACACCCGCAUCGUCAGAGUCUAUGAUAAAUUCCACAUCAUCCCGGUCAGCUUCAGCAGAAACCUGGACCGCUACAACCCCAACAUCCCAGAGUGGAGGGACGACGUCGGCCAGGUGGUCUCCAAAAUUCUGUCCAAGUCCACAGGCGUCCCUCAGGAGUCCCUGGUGACGGUGGUGAAGGCGGGCCUUCCCACCACGGCUGACCUCUACAUCCUCUCAGCAGACAGCACAGCAGCCCAGACCAGCAUGGCCGUCGAUAAGCACAUUCCAGCCGUUCUUCAAGCUUUCAGCAGCAACAACAUCAGCUUCAUGAUCCGAGGAGGCCAGCGAGUGUCGGCCAUGUUGGCCGACCCAAACUCAGGCUACCGCGGGGCAGCUGGAGGGCCUGGAGUUUGGGCCUUAGCUGUCAUCUUCCUCAUCAGCAUCAUCGCCACCAGCUCCUUCAUCCUCUACAAGUUCAAGAGGAAGCUGCGUGGGAACCACAGCAUCUACGCUCAGAUGCACAACGAGAAGGAGCAGGAGAUGACCAGCCCCGUCAACCACAGCGAGGACACCCAGCACAUCAUCCAAGGCGACGAGUUCAUCGACGACGACCUGGACACGCACACUCUAGGUAACGCCGGAGGGAGCCCCACCUUCCGCUCCCUUAUAAGGACUACCACUAACCACUGCUACUAAACCCGAGCCACUAACACCAGCCGCUCGCACUCACCAAGGUAACCACUCAGGUGUCGUCCUUCGCAUCAACUCCAGAGAACUGCAAAGCUACGUGACCAGCUGAUGGCUGCCAUGGCGGCCCCCCCAUGAGCUGAUCCAGCCUCACCGAGCCAGUUGAUGAGCACACUGCACCCCCCCACCCCAUCUCUGCGUCUCACCUCACCCCCCCCGCCUUCACACCAGCUUUGGACUUCAGCUCUCAGGCGUGUUAUAGAAACUCUAAAGGAAUUUGUCCUGGUUUUUACGUACUUCAAGUGUUUCAGACGGGAAGCUUCAGCUCACAAAUGCUAAUGAAAUACGAUCCUCUCAAAAGCCGCACAAUGAGGUUUUUAAGAAUAUUUCCAUCUUUUCUUCGUUCCCUCCCCAAGUCUCUCUUUGACGGCAAUAAUGAUUUCAGUGGAAUGUAGAGGAUCCACUCCUGUGGAACUGCAUGCAAACACCAGAGGGCGCUGUUGCACUUUCCUGGGUUCCCUGCUGCCAGGCGGGCUCUUCAUGUCAGCUUCUUCCUUCAGCCCAGACUCCCUCCUGUUUCAGUCAUGCUAUCGGGGGGUUUCUGCAGAACCAGAACCGCCCCGCGUCUGUCUCACGGUGCCUCAAACAGCAGAAGUCCUUCUGCUCGGUGUCCGGAAGGUUCUUUGUGAAACGGCUCCAGACCCGCUGGGUGGGAGCGAGGCUUCGGAGACGAAGGUCGUCCCCCGGGAGAAAAGAGGAGGAGGGGGCGACGGAUUCCUUUAUCAGCCUAUAUUAGGCAAGCCUGCAGUGAAACAGUCUCCUUUCAGAGUUUGGUCCGUUGUGUGUACAUGUGUAAAUAGGAACUCUGUACAUAAUCCUGUUGAUAUGUGUGUGUGAGUGUUUUACACUAAUACCAAAAGAAGUGACCCCUCCCCCUCUGGACUUCAGACGGAUGUUUUCUCUCACGUCACACGUCUUCAUGUUUGUGUUCCACCUGGAGGACUCUUCUGUUUGUGCGAACACUGGUCUGCUUUCUGUUGACAUGUUUUUGGUUAGUUUGCACCGAUGGUGUUAGCAUCUCACCACCUGUGGAAGAGACCCUUCAGGUCGUCUCUCUGGGCUGGACCUCACUGGACUGCAACAAACCACCACAUCUCCAGGAGUGAGAAUGUUGUUCUUAAAAAGUGGGAAGAAAUCUCUGCUGUUACAGAUCAGUGAGGCUCGCCUCACCUCGUGUACAUACGUUGUCCACGUUCGGUUUUGUUGUGAUGUGUUGUCAUGGUGACAGAUCGGCCUCUAGACGAGGGGAAAGUGGGGGGUUGUGAUCUUUCGGUGUAAUGGUGACGGAGUUUGACACAGAACCCAACCAGCAGGGCCGAGUGGACCCCAUACGGUUUCAAAGUGAGUAGAAGAUGUGGACCCCCAAUGGGUUUGUCUGAGGUUUCUGUGGUGGCCCACCUGUGGCUGCCCACAUUAGCUUAAAGCGGGUACUCAGUGGGUAGCUCGCUACACUAGCCAGCCGCCUAGUGGACACCGGAGCUCGCUGUAGAGGAGCUCACUAGCAUGCUGCAGCGGAACUUGCUAACAUACUCCAGUAGAGCUCACUAGCACACAAUGCUUUCCACUAGGGGGCGGCUAGCGUAGCGACCUAACCCACCGAGUCCACUACUUAACACUUGUGGAGCCACCACAGGAACUAUGGACAAACCCAAUCGGGACCCAGAUUUUCGGCCCACUUUGAAACCAUUUGGGGUCCACUUGACCCUGUUGGCUGGGAGAAUCAUUUCUAUGGUCACUGGUCCCGCCUGUUGACUGUAUAUGAGAACUGGACUGAGUGACCCCUCCCCCCUUCCUAAACAGGAAGUACAUGCUGGCUCCAAGAAGGUAA